AUGGUCAGAAGCCACUACCCGGACGUGUUCAUGCGCGAGGCGCUGGCGCUGCGCCUGGACCUGGUCGAGUCCCGAGUUCAGGUCUGGUUCCAAAACCGCCGGGCCAAGUGGAGGAAGAAGGAGAACACCAAGAAGGGCCCGGGCCGGCCGGCGCACAACUCGCACCCGACCACGUGCAGCGGGGAGCCGAUGGACCCGGAGGAGAUCGCUCGAAAGGAACUGGAGAAGAUGGAGAAGAAGAAACGCAAGCACGAGAAAAAACUGCUCAAGAGUCAGAGCCGCCACCUGCACUCGCCCGGUGGCCUGUCCCUGCACAGCGCGCCCAGCUCCGACAGCGACAGACAGGCGCCGCCAACGCGCCUCUUUACAAAAGCAGAGCACAUUUGUUCUAAUAGGGUCCGCGUCCCCAGGGGACCCUUCCGGGGCUUCAGGACAUCUGCAGCGAAGAAAUAUUAG